GGCUGUGGUGUGAUGAGCACCAUCAACCCCCUCUGCAUCACGUUACUCUUCCUGCACAAGCUCCUCCCCUUCCUAUUGGACCACUGAAGAGACUCCAACCAAAAUUAUGUCAACCUGCAAUGUUAUCACUUUCUAUACCAAAAAAACAAACAAAAUAAGCAGCAGUCAGUGCCCACCAGGGGAGAAAGGGUCACAUUUAAUCUAUGUAUGCCGCAACACAUCACUGCAGGGAUUGAAAGCAAUGCAACAAAAGGAUAGGAGAGUUGGACUGAAGAAACUAAAGAAAAGAAGGAUGCUUCUCAGACUUAAAACAGAGAUGAAAGCCACAUGACUAUUGACAGAGCAGAGUGUGGAUGUGUGUGUGGAAUGAUAGGAGCAUCCCUACUGAUCCACACACAGCCUAUAUACAAUGUGGCCACAUGACCCUCCUCAAACACUCCACUCUCACAUUUCUUUUGCAGCCACUGUGAACUCUGACAUCACAGACCAUUUCAGUGUGAGACCUACUGCUCAGUUCAACAUAAUCUUUUAUUUGUUAUAUGAAGACUUGUGACCUCCAUGUUUUUUUCUUUGGAAGGGGGCAAUUUGAUCAGCAUGACCUGUCAAUCAUUUUACUGUAGCAGUUUCAGGCAUCUUCAUUACUCAGAGCUAUCGUUCAUCCAGUGUGUCUGAUGUAUGCCAUGUCCAACCCCUCCUACUUUUGUUCUCAUAGAUGUAUUCCAUAAUGUAAAAAACAAAAAAGCAGAUAUCUUGAUUAAGAUAAGGCACACCUCGCCAUUGUUGUUGUUAAUCACCUCCAAUAAUGUUUAUUUUUAUUAAAUAUAUGAUGAUCAAAGUGAGACAUUUCAUUUCGAUGAGACACAAAAUGAUUUAUUGGUAACCUGACACACAGCAUUUGAGAUGAAAGUAUAUUGUUUUUGUAAUAAAAGGUAGAUUUCAAAGGUGUAUGUUAAUGGCUGACUGUCACCACAAAUGGUUAUUACAAUAACAUAAGAAAAUAUAUAGCAAAAGACUGUCAUUAAACCUCAUUACUAACACAGUCAACACUAGCUCUGUGUC